AUGGGCUGCACUCCAUCACGAGGGAAAACUAUCCAUACAGCACAGGAUCCAUUCCGAUGGGGAAAAACUCUACUUCCAGAAACACAGGAAAGCCCCGGAGAAUCACAGUCUGAUCAUGGAGGGAGUGAAAUAUAUGGUGGAGGGGACACAGAUAAUGCAACAGGUCAGAAAAACACAAAUUCCACAAUAAUAGUAAGAAAAUAUCCUUCAACAGAGUCAGAAAAUGCUGGGUGUGCCUCUAUCAAACUAGGCACAAAAGGUAUUAACGUCAACAUUUUAUCUCAACCGAAAGACAAACAAAUAGUAAAACAAGAGGCUUCUGAGAAAAAGGGAUUGAAAAAAUCUAAAAAAGGCUUUAAAGAUGUAAAACAGAAAAAGAAGAAAGAAAAGGAAAGGUGUUUUGUUGAAGAAAAAAUAGAUUUUCCAGAGCCACUUGUGAAAGCUCAUCACGCUGCGUACGGAUACCUUAACCCUAGUAUUACUAAAUAUGAAGACCUGUUAGGGUUACUUGAUCAUGCAACCCAGACCCAAAUCUCCUUACAACCUAUGGUGACAUUCCUGGUCCUACGGUAUGAAGAGGUCAAUAAAGGGCUUGGGGAAAUAGUGGAAGAAGGAGAGAAAAUGUUUCAAAAACACAGUGACCAUUUGGCUUGGCCCUGCCAAAAAAUCUGUUUCUCCUCAUCCAAGGCAACAAACAUUGUGACAUCUCCCACCUUCAGCGAGGUCCCACCAGACCUGCUUCAACAACUCCUCCAAUACACUGUUCAAAGGAUGCGGGUAGUGGGUCGAUCAGUGUGCGAAAUUGGUGAGACUGCACUUGAAGAGGCAGUGGAUUAUUUUUCUUCGAUUUGUGAAAUUUUAGAAGAGAAGCUCAAAACAAAGCGUACAUUUGAGUCUAGAUUAAUGCAGUUGCUUUCUCGAAUUGAGUCUGCCUCGCAGAGAAGAACUGCUCCAGAGGACUCAACACUUUUUAGUGAAGACAGUGGUAUUGGGGCAGAAAGUGAAUCACUAGCAGGUUCAGACAGACAAUGUCAGCACAGAGAAAGUUGUUACACAACAGUAACAAAAGGUAGCAGAGGCAGACUUCUCAGAACAGUGAGCAACAGCAGUUCUCUAAACUCCAUAGACUCAACCUGCACUAUUACAGAAAAAGAACAGAAUGAUACAGAAUUACUACUUGGCUCUGCAUCCUUGGAUGAAGGUGAAAGCUGUGGACGGGAGAAUGUGAACAAUGUAAAUAAAAUGACUCAAUUAAAACCACGUCGCUUGCCAGCAAAGCGCAUAGAGAAUCCACAAAAUGUUGAAAUGACAUUGAAAUUGAAAGAUGCCAUCAGUAGACAAAUUCAGUUUUUGCCAUGUGAAGAUUCAGGAGUAAAGCCAAAACAGAUAGAUAUCCUGAAGAGCAGUAGUGACCAGUGGAAUGAGACGGGUGACAAAAGCUCCAAAAGACCCCAAACAGCUGCCAACAGAACACCAAUGAAAAAGACCACAGUAACUAAACAGUGCCGGUCAAGAUCAGCAGAUUCACUUCGAUGUAAAGCUGAAGAUCCUAGAUUUAUUGAGCUUGAGAAAACUCAAAAGGAACUAAACCAAAGACUGGAAAGGAUGAACAAGGGUGAAGGAAAAACAAAGCGAGUAGUAUCGAAGCAAAUCCAGCAGCAGCAACAGCAAACACAUGGUAUUUCAUCAGAGGGUGCUGGUAAGCACGGUUCUUUUAAUAAAACAUUUUUUUCUCCAAGUAAUCAAAGAAAGGCAGGUAAAACAAAAUUAGGAGAGCAGAAAGUGAUGGAGGAAAAAAAGAUGAAAGAAAAGGUAAAAGACACUGACAAAAAAGGUGAAACAGGUCCUGUUAAGGUAAGACCUAUGCCAAGCCCUCCACCAUCACCACAGCAAUCUUCAGGGAUUUACCAGGGUAGUAAUUCUGUUAAGAAACUGAUAGACACUUUUAGUCAAGGGAUGGAGGGAAGUAGACAGAUGCCAGAGAGUACCAAAGUGCUUGGAACUCUUAAAGGUGUUAAAAAGUUUGGUGUUCCCAUCAUUCCAGGUUUAAGUACCUCUGGCACAUUAGCAUUCAAUGUAAAUAAUACACUCUGUGGUCAGGGGGAGUCACAAUGCUCUGAAAUGACAGAGGAUCUUGAUAUUGACAGUCUACCACCCCCUCCACUUGAGGUUCUUAUGGACAAUUCUUUUGAAAAUGUACAGACAAAAGACACGGAAGAAAACUCAGCAAGCAGAGGCCGAUCCACCAUACCAAAAAGGACAGCAAUGACUCAGAGACUACGGGCAUCUCUUCAGUCUGUAACAGUUCUACCCAGUAAGAAAAACUUUCGUGAGGGCUCUCUUAGCAUGUCACCAGUUCGUACCACACACAAAGAUACAAGAGGAGUUGGAAAGGUUGGCCAUAAUGAUUCCAGCCACGAAAAAGAUGCUGAAAGUGAGGAGGCUAUCGACAAACAAGCAAGAAAUGUUCACUUCAUCCAUUCCUCUGACUCACCUACAAAGCAACUUAUGGCUGAGCAGGGACAAAUAAACGUUUCCUUCUGCCAAGGUGGAGUAGAAGUAACACAAGAGAAGAACAAUACCAAUGAAACACUGCAAAAUAAUGUAUGUAGGGACCAAACUACUUCCACUCCACCUUCAUCCAGAACACGUUUCCUACCAUCGACACCUUUGUUACAUCGGAGGCUCCCGAGUCCUCUGGUAUUUAAAAGCCAACCCACUUAUACAACUUUAUCAAGUCCUUCUGUUGUUCGAAAACUCCCAACCCCUCCUUCUACUGGACAACGGAUAUUACCAGUCAGUUCUGCCAUGCAGCACGACCUCAAAUCCAGCGUAAUAUCUGGUGUUGCUUACCCUUUUAAGGCACCCUCACCUCCUGCUUCUCCAAAAGUGCAGCGAUUGUCUCGAGAAAACAGUUGUGAGGACUCUACUUCGAGAGUAUUUAGCAAUGCUCGAUCAGUGUUUUGUCCAGCUUCAUCAUCAUUAUUUGUGGCUAAGCCUGUUCCCCCACCAAAGGCCCCACAGGCAUGGGCCUCCUCUGGUAGCAGUGUUCUACCUCGUCCUUGGGGGGAGCAUGGUCGGUUACCAGUGUCUGCACGAGGAGCCCAACCAUUCAUCCAACGCAGCCAGUCAGACAGGAGACCAAGUUUGAGCCUGCCGCCCAGGAUGCCAACUCUUUCUGUGGCAGAAACUUGUGGAAGUGAACCAGCAAUUAGCACCCACGGGUUGGGAGAUGGUUCUACCAGGGAAAAUGAGCAAACAGAACUCAGAGGCACAGUUCGGUCCGCCUCACACCCUGACCUGUGCAUUGUGGGUCAGGGUUUACAGCGGGAAUGAAAAAAAGAAAGAAGAAAGGGGACUGGAUGA